AUGUUUUGGUUACUAACAAUUGCGUUGUUAGCAAGCGGCGCAAGCGCCCAGCUCACAGCGCAAACAAGUGUAGCCCCAGAGCUUCGAGAAUGUUACAUGAAUGUAACCUUAUUGGAUAGAAAUAACAUACCACCUACAACUCUGCCUGUAUUAAUAGAUAUCAUACAAAAGAUCGAAGAUGAUCCCAAUGUUAAUAUGGAUCUGCGGCAAUUAGUUGUUCAAAUAUUGCGCACAUAUAGACAAGACGGUAUAGAGUACCAUCAGCCAGAUGCUAAUGCCGAAAGGUCGGGAAAUGUGCUCCCAUAUGCGCCUACAUUUCACUCAUUUCAUAGACACAGAAUUGUCUUAUCGAAAAUUCUUCCCGGCAAUAUACAGGAAUUGCCAAAUGUCCUCACACCUCCCUUGAAGUGUGCCUUGCAUUACAUGCUCUCUACAACCGUGGAUGCUAGAGUCCGCGGAAAUGAACAAAAUUGUAAUCAACUUUCUCAACUCCGCGCAUUAAGGACGGCCAGAAAUAUACCAAGAAACUUGAAGAUGGAUGAUGUAGAAAUUUUAGAUCUCGAUAGUAUGAAACUCACGAAGACUAUCGGUCAAAUGAGACACAAUCCUAAGGAAGACGUAGAGUAUUCAAGUGCGGGGGGAGGGUUAAAAUCUGAACGACAGUUGUUAGGAGACAGCCAAUGUCCUUUGUUAGGUGGGGUAGUAUUCACAAGAUGGGGGGCAGUUUCAGCCGGUCAUCUGUUAGCUGGUAUAGCAGGAGGUGCCCAGUUCCAGCGUAUAAGGGUAUCAGACUUAGUAAGAGGGUCUAUGACUAACUACGCUAACCUUCAGGACACUGUUUCUUCAACCUUUGCCACUACAAUUUCAGGUGAUUUAGCGGAAGCUGUUCUUAUCCAAGGAACAGAAAGAGGCACAAAUGCAAUAACAGUCGGCACAGCUGGUAACUGGAAUUCCACUCAAGCACCAAGAUAUUUUAUGCUUCACAAUCGUGUCAAUGUAGAAGCAACAGACCCAGAACUACGUGGCGACAUUGAUGGUUUCGUGCUUGGAACUCUUAUACAGUCUAACGUUGUCGACGCUGCUUCUAUAAAGCUAUCACAGCUGCUAGAUAUGUACUAUAGUCCAAGGAAUGGUGUCUACGAUGCCAACAGAAGGGCGUGCAAUCGCCGAGAGUUAAGACAGCAGUUCAUAAAUAGAGAUGAGUUAAUUGGUGAAACGUCAGCAUUCGCUGCGGCAUUGGACACCAAUAUACCUCUUCGUGGAACUAUUGUUAGUGGUCUUGACCAACUGGUCUCAACUGCAGUGGAAAACUUCCAGUCCUAUACGACUAACAGCCUAAACGACUUAAACUGUGUGAAUACAGUUACAACUACGGAUAACUUCAGACUUAAAACAAAUCUAUACAUAGUGAUAGAUUCUACUUGGCCAUACCAGGCUGUAUAUCCGGCGAUAUCCUAUCUAUUGGACAACAUUGAAGUGGGUAAAUUCGGUUCCAGUGUUACCCUACUGAAUGCUUUUGAUGGGAGUAUUGUAUUGGACAAAACAUUCUCUUUGGCUGAUUUCCAUUCCAACUAUACCUUGGCUAGACAUCAAGCUCUAUUCAAUGGAGUAAAUUUGGAAUCGACCCUAAUAAAUAUAAGAUUGUUAAUGGAAAGAGAACUAGAAAAUGAAAAGUCAUUAAACUAUGUAGGUGGAAAUUCAACUGUCUUACUGUUUUUACUAAACACCGCAAACUUACAAAUAACUGGUCCUAUUAUUAAUGAGGCUCGGAAAAUCAACGAAACAAUUCCAGACCUACGUAUUUUAUUUGCAACGUCCACAAACCAGUUCGACAGUCUGUGGCAAAUGGUUCGUGAUAUGCAUAAUGACAUUAAAGUUGUGUCUUUGAACGCGGAAGGAACUAAUGUUGAAGUUACUAUGAACCCAGUACUUACGAGAGUGAAGUCAGUUGGGAGAAGAAUAGUUAACUCGAACUGUGGUUCCACAUUUAAUGGAGAAUUAACUUCCGGUAAUAGACAAUUUGACGAUUACGUAGAACCAGGCUAUAUAAAUUACUAUGCAAUAAGUCCAAACUACUUCUUUGGUAAUGCCAACAGAAAAGUUCGCAUUUCGAGAACAGGAGCCGGUGCUGGUAGUCUUAUUGUUUGUCAAUCACGAAGAUUUGAACAACCAAGACAAAACAUGACGGCUGCAGGUGCUGAUCAGGAUUCGAUUAUUUGUCAAACUCUUGCGUCGGGUAACAUAGAAAUCAGUCUCCAAGGAGCAUGCGAAGGUCAUUGGACGAUUGGUUCCUGUCCAUCUUUCUUUAUUUCUGUCCAAUCACAGGUUCCCGAUGGCUCAAGUUUGUCACCAAGUUGUACUGACCCUGCAUGUAGAUUUCCCUACAAUAUGAGAUAUCAAGUUCAAAUUGAAGAAUUUGGAUGUUUCAGUAGCGCGGGAACUAUUGCAUUAAGUGUAAUUUUAAUUAUUUGUGGUAUUUUUAUUCAUUUAUUGUAA